GAUUAUGAUAGAUAGAGAGCUAGCUAUAUAUGCUGAACGAUUUUAUGAAUUACGAAGUAUUAAGUAAAGGUCUAAUCAACCAUGAUAUUCAAAUGAGAUUUUAAGCACAAGAAGUGCGGAUAAGCAAAUCGAUUUCCAAGUCUUCGGAAUUGGUAAUCAUGAGCGAAGUUCGUGAGUCCUAGGGCUGCCGCCGCUGGGUUUCUUUCUGGAUUCUAUCGUUUUCGAUCGAAGUCCGGCUUUUAUUUUUGUUCUUGUCCUUGUUUUCAUACAUCGGUUUUUCUAAGGAUUAUCUCAGGCUCGGCCGCUGCGUGGAGAUGGAAGAUAUUGUUAACAACUAUAGGAAGAUGGCUAUUGGGGAGACAGAUAACGAACUCAAUUUUGAUACAGAGGAAGCCGAUGAGGCGAUGAUGAGGAAGUGAUCGAAGAUCAGAUUGGCUUCCCGGUGGUUGGGACGGCGAUCUCCGAUCGGAAGGUUAAUUUUCAGGCGUUUCAGGAUGCGAUGACUUCAGCCUGGCGUCAUGGUAAGGGGAUAUCAAUCAAAGAAAUCGAUGAAAAAAGGUAUCUCUUUACUUUUAAUCAUGUUUUAGAUAUGAACCGUGUGCUGGAAGAUGGACCUUGGGUUUUUGAGAGAGAUUUAGUGUUGUUGAAAACAGUUCAGCCAGAUGACAUCCCUGAAAAACUGAUUUUAUUUGAGGCAGAUUUUUGGGUUCAAGUGCAUAAUGUUCCUCAAAAAUUUAGAAAUCUGAAUCCUGCUAAGCGAAUUGGGAACUUUAUUGGCUCUUUUAUAAAGUUUGAUGAAAACAGUUAUGGAGAUAAAAAGAAAUCUUUCUUGAGAAUCAGAAUUUGUAUGGAUGUUAGGAAGCCCCUGAAAAAGGGCACUUCUCUGAAGAAGGAAGGAAAGGGACAUUGGGUUGAUUUCAAGUAUGAGAAACUACCCAAUUUCUGUUUCAUAUGUGGGGUGAUUGGGCAUUCGGAUAAGUUUUGCUCGUUACGAUAUGAGGAAGGAAUUAUUAUUGAAAAAUCUUUUGGAGUUGAGCUUAGGGCAGGAGGAGGCGCAAAGACUAGCCUAGCUGGCCCUAAUAAGUGGCUUGUACAAGAUUCUGUAAGCUUCAAGGGCGCCGGACAGCAGAGGAAGACUGAACUCAAAGAGGAGCUAUCGGCUGAAACAGGGGCUAGUGCAUCAAACCAAGGAGCGGGUGAUAUGGAAGGAGAACCAGGAGAAACUAAACGCAGAAGAAUAUGGGAGGACAAGCUUAAAGAGAAUUCAGGGGAUGAAGACAUGGCGCUUGAUGGGCCAAAAAAUGGGGAGGCGGCGGGUCAGACCUCCUAGACUCGCCGGUUUUGCAGUGGAUGGUUUUGAUUAAGAAUUCGAGUGCUGGAGUUUAUUUCUUUCUCUGUCUUAGGUUUUAUUUCCAUGGAUUGUCUGUUUUGUUUUGUUUUUAUUCUUUUGCUUAUUGUGAAACUCUUGCAUUAGGUUUGGAGGUUGAAAGGUCUGCGGUAGGCGUCGUUAGCUUUAAUUUGCCCAAAUUCGGUCUAGCGAGUUAUAUUACUUUGUUUAAGGUGAUUAACUCAGAGUCUCGGCCAUGGGCGGAUGGUUACAUGCGGCCCUUUCAUGUUCUUGUACUCCUGUUGAUUGCUAUUUUAAUGAUAUAAGCGCCUUACGAUGAAAAAAAAUUAAUUAGGCGGUAAGACUACG